UGUGUAUACAGACGCAAUUUCCUGGAAAAUGAUAUCAACGGCAUUCUCCAUGCCUGCGGAGGUCCAUAUAAGAAGCAGUAGCACACGUUAUCUUCCAUUGCCAGAAAAAUUAUCAGACGUAGAAGUAGAAAUGGCGAGUGACAUGAGAACUGACUCCACGGAUUACCGACUCGAGCUCCUGUCUCCCGAAGGGCACGCUGAGCCAGCUCCGAGGUUGCCUUCGUGGCGACUCACAGCAGAUGAGUUUAAGCUUCCUCAGAAAACAAACGGGCAGGAUUCAGAAUGUGGACUAUCCCAAGUUCUCAAGACAAUGAAAAGACGGAGGAAGAUAGCAGAAUACUACAGGAGACAAGAGAGGCUUCUCAAGGGUUUCGGUGAAAUGGACUCGUUCAUGGAAAUGGGACAUCUACCCGGAAACUUGACAGAGGAUGAAAUGAAGCAACUGGCGAGGAGUGAGAAGGUGGCAAUAUAUACAUCCAACAUAGCGAACAUGGUGCUGUUCCUGGCGAAAGUUUAUGCAUCAGUGGAGAGCAGAUCUCUCGCUGUCAUAGCUUCGACUCUGGACUCACUGCUAGAUCUGUUAUCAGGUUUCAUUCUAUGGUUCACUGCUCAUGCAAUGAGAAAACCGAACCAGCUCCGCUACCCCAUUGGCAAGGAAAGGAUGCAGCCUGUGGGUAUAGUUGUCUUUGCAUCAGUAAUGUGCACUCUUGGACUGCAGAUAUUGUUUGAAUCGGGGAGGGAACUCAUCAUGAAGACUCAACCCGAAAGAGAUCCUGAGAAGGAGAGGUGGAUGAUCGGGAUUAUGGUUUCAGUCACAAUAGUAAAGUUUGUGCUCAUGGCUUAUUGUCGCAGAUUCCAGAACGACAUCAUCAGGACAUAUGCAAAAGAUCACUUAUUCGACGUGAUCACCAACUCAAUAGGUCUAGCAGCUGCUGUUCUAGCUAUUCGGUUUUACUGGUGGCUUGACCCUACUGGGGCUAUCCUAAUAGCAGUGUACACGAUGAACUCAUGGGCGAGGACCGUCAUUGAGAAUGUGGGUUCACUAAUCGGGAAAACUGCACCAGCAGAGUAUAUUGCAAAACUGACGUACCUCAUAUGGAACCAUCACUGGGACAUCAAGCACAUCGCAACGGUGAGAGCAUACAAGUGUGGCUCCUUCUACUUCGUGGAAGCCGACAUAGUCUUACCAGGAGAUAUGUCUCUCAAUGUGGCUCAUGACAUAGGAGAGACGCUUCAAGAGAAACUUGAGCUUUUGCCUGAUGUCGAGAGAGCUUUCGUUCAUGUGGACUUUGACAGUAAUCACCCUCCAGAGCACAAGAGACCUAAGGCGCCCUGACAAAGAAGACGAUCCAUCGAAGGACAGAGGAUGCAAGUGACAGUACUGUGCCUAGAUAAGUCUUACGAAAACAUUGAUUUACUAUAUUGUUUAAGCUCUUUGAUUUGAUUCUGAUGAGACGAACUAUCAUGCUUCCUAUUAUACUAGUGAAGUGAUGAAAGAAAUACAUAUAUUUUGAUUCGUACGAGGACCUAAA